AUGGAGUUAGAAGAUGAUAAGAAAGACUUCUUGAACAAGAAGGGGGAGCCCAAAGGGGUCAACCUACGGAAAAUCACACAGCUCAUAAAUAGCGGUGGUGUAACCUUUAGUGUGUGGGAGAAACGGAAUGAUGGCAAAGGAAUCGGAAAGCUGGAUUGGACACCAUUGAUGGGCGCAGAGAAGAAGUUGCUAAAUACUCUCCCAGAUAAACUCCAGUCAAACACUGAAGAAAUUAUCCAUCAGGAUACUGCAGCCACAGUCAUCAAACUAUGGAAGGUAUUGUUUAUUUAUAAAUAUAUAUAUAUAUAUGUUUAUAAUAAUAAUAAUAAUAAUAAUAAAUAAUAAUAAUAAAUGAAUUUAAUGCCACAAAUAUGAUAAUAACAAAGAUAAAAGAAAAUAUAUGAUAUUUAGAUCUAAUACAAGUUUUAGAAAAUGUUAAUGGCAAGGAGACAUCCAGAAACCACUAGGCUUGUAAAGUGGAUGCCUCCUCUGGUCAGUAUUCACACUGCAGUAUCAAAUAUUAAUAUUAAAAAAUAAUAACGACAACGACAAUUUCGAUAUCAUUACUAUUUGUCAAACCACCAGCUUUGGUGUUCACCCAUGCAUUAUCAUAUAUUAAAGCGUAAUAACGACAGUAUAUAACGACAAUAUCAAUAUCAUUGCUAUUCAUCGAGUAAAUGUUUUUUCAUUCCAUUCCUGAAGCAACCAAAAGUCUCUGCCUGUUUUAUAUUUUCUGGAAGCGAAUUCCACAGUUUAGGGCCAUUGAAAAGAAUUGUGUGUUGUUUUGUUGUGGUUUUACAUGAAUGUGUUCGGUACAUCUUCGCAUUUCUUGUGUUGUAACUAUGAACUUCAUUGCUCUUAAUGAACAAAUGAAGGAAGGUAGGAGGGAGUAACUGUUUAUAAUAGAAAUACAUAAAUUUACCGGUAAAAAAUGAGUUGAUCUUGUAAAUAUCAAGUAUUUUUAACCUUUGAAAUAGGGGAGCGGUAUGUGCUAGAAAAUCGGAAUUUGUUAAUAUUCUAACAGCUCGUCUUUUGCAAUAAAAAUAUACGACUUAGAUGUGAAAUAUAAGUUGAUGACCAAAUAAUAUUGCAAUAAUUCAAGUAGGGAUAAAUUAAGGUAUAAUAUAAUAAUAAUUUUGUUUCAGGGGAUAGGUGUAAGCGAGCACGGAAAAUUAUACCAAUUGAUUUUGAGAUCUUUUUGCAAACAUGAUUUAUAUGGGAUUUCCAAGACAGAUUUUCGUCCAAGUAAAUUCCCAGAAAUUUAACUUGCUGUUUUCGAGCCAGCGAAAUUCCCUCGAAAGCGAGAGAUAUGUCACUAGUGAUCUUCUUUUGUCGAGAUUUAAAAAUAACGUAAUUAGUUUUAUCUGUGUUGAUACUCAAUUUGUUCGCCCUCAUCCAUUGCUCAACAUUUUGCAAUGCAUCAUUCAUUACCCUAGCAAGUAUGUUAGGAUCAUUAUGGGAAUAAUAAAUACUGGUGUCGUCCGCAAAUAAUAAAAGUUCAACUGAGCGUACCGAGUUGGGAAUAUCAUUGAUAUAGAGUAUAAAAAAGAGUGGUCCCAAAAUAGAACCCUGUGGUACACCACAUCGGGUAAUGGCUUCGGAGGAUUUAAUUUUUCCAAAUUGGACGAAGUGUUUUCUAUUUUUGAAAUAGCUUUUAAUCCAACUUAAAGCGAUACCACGGAAGCCAUAAUGUUCAAGUUUAUAAAAUAAUAUUUCAUGACUAAUUGUAUCAAAUGCUUUGGAUAAGUCAAGGAAUACACCAGCUGUCAAUUUGUUCUCGUCAAUAGAGGUUGCAACUUUGUUAAUCAAAUGGAUGAGUGCAAGUUCAGUUGAGUGUUUCUUACGAAAACCAAAUUGAUAACAGUACAAAAGUUCUAAUUUUUCAAUAAAAUGCAAAAGCCGUUUAUGCAUAACCUUUUCAAAAAAUUUGGAAAAAUUUGCUAAGAUUGAUAUAGGUCUAUAAUUUGAACAUUUGUCCAUAUCGCCAGAUUUAAAAAUUGGAAUUAUCUUAGCAAUUUUCAAACUAUCAGGAAAUACUCCAUUUUCCAGAGACUUAUUAAUUAUGUGCGUCAGUGGUUUUGAAAUAAAUUCAAAGGAAUUUUUAAUUGUAUGCAUUGGUAUGUUAUCAUAACCAAUAUCCGAUAUCAUGUUAUUAUUUAUGUUGAAAGAGGUCGGGUAAGAUGACUUCUUCUUACGAAUGUUUAUGACCUCAUUAAUCAAUUUCCAUGUAGUUUUCAAGUCGGAUUUAGCUUGCUCGAAUUUAGUAUCAUAAUAAGUUCCCUUAGCUAUUCUAAUUAAAUGAUUCAAUUUAUUUUUGUAUUCUUUGUAUUUCCUCUCUUGGUAAGUUGUGGAAUUAGUCAUAUACUUUUUGUAAAGCUUAUUUUUCUUUCUUACAGAAACUAACAAUCCUUUUGAAAUCCAUGGAGUUUUGGGUUUAUUGUAAGAAUUUGACUUAUACAUUUUUAGAGGAAAACAUUCUUCGAGAUGCCUAUUGUAUUCGCUGACAAAAUCGUUAUAUAGGUCAUUUGGAUCUUCAUCAAUUAAGACGCUUGACCAAUUUACUUGUGAAAGAGCUGUUUGGAAUUUUAACAAAUUCCGUUCCGCAUAAUCUCUCUUAUAAAUUACUUCAUUUCCUCGACGUGUGGGCGAGUCCUUUUUAAAAUAUGCAAACACAGGGAAAUGAUCUGAAAUGUCAUUAAGGAUUAAUCCAUUCAAUGUGUUUUGUUGAAAACAAUUUGUGAAUAUGUUAUCUAUAAGGGUAGCUGAAUGAGAUGUUACACAGGUCGGUUUAGUAAUGAGAGGAAUAAGCAUGUGUGAAAACAAGGAAUCAAGAAAUCCUUGUGUAUAAUGGUGACUAUCAUAAUGGAGUAAAUCUAAAUUGAAAUCUCCCAUAAUAUAACAGUGUUUGUUAUCUUUAGUGAUAAUCGAUAGUAUUUUGUUGAUUUCCUCUAGAAAAGAUGCGAUAUUUUGGUUUGGUGGUCGAUAAAUCGUACCUACUAUAGAGUUUUUACCCUUAGGAUUAAUAAUUUCAACAAACAAAGACUCAAUUACCUCAGGAUUGGAGAUUGUGCAGUUACCAAUUUGUUUAUACUGAAAAUGGUUGUGUAAAUAUAGACCGACCCCCCCACCGGCUUUAUUUAUUCUAUGAUUGGAAAUGAAAUCAUAGCCCAGGAGAUCAACCUGAUUAAAUGUUUCAUCAUUCAGCCAAGUUUCAGAUAAACCAAUGAUAGAAAAUGUAGUAUCCGAAUUUGCAGUUAAAGUUUUAAACCUGUCAAAAUUACCAAGCAAGCUACGACAAUUCAAAUGAAGGAAAGACAAAUUAAAGCUCUUUUGCGGUUCACUGGCUAGGUCACAAAUUUCACUUUCUACCACAUAUUUGCUAGCGGGCGGUGAACAUGUAUAGAAAUUUUGAUCUGGAUCAUGAUCUGUUAUUGGAAAAUUGUCUAUUACUAAAUUCAGAUCUUCUAACAGGUUAAAAACUAGGGUUUCUACGCGAUCAAUGUUGUAAUUGAGAGAUAAUUCGUAUAAUACCGCAUAAAAUGAUAUGUCAUCAAGAUGGUUAAAGGGUAACAGUUCAGACAACGAUGACACACUUAAAUCAUCCAUCGUAGUAGGAUAUUAUUAGACAAUAGUUCAAAUAAAAGGUUACUUAUCUUAGAUUAAACACAUGUUUAAGUGGCUGAUUCCAAAUCAUCCAACUUGAGGAGCCUAAUGACCGGAGCGCCAUCAGACUUACGAAGACAAAUUGCUUUGUUCUUAACCCAGCAAAAUUUAUACUGCUGGGCUCGUUUAAACUUAUUUGCUUCGUAUAACAAUUCUUGUAAUCUUGGAGUUAGGUGUUCGUAUAUUCUAAUAUCACCCAUUUGAAUUGUGGAAGGUAAUUCAAGUUGUGCAGGUUUCAGACCUUCGGUCCGUUUCUUUACAGCAAGCACUCGAUGUCGGGCUAUGCGACGUGUAAAUUUACAGAUAAUCGCGUUAGGCAUGUGAGUACGUUGUCUAGCGGGCACACGAUGAGCUAUAUCUAUGUCAUAUUCAGAGAUAUCUGUCGCCCCAAUAGCGUGAAGUAACUUUAUACACAAUGCCGUAGUUUCUUCUGCAGAUUCUGCUUCACGUUGUUGUGGGACACCAGUAAUCUUAAGAUUGUACUGUAGCUAUACUCUUCGGCUUGCUCGAUUGCACUUGCAAUAUUCUCACACUUUUUCGAUAUUACAUCAAUCUGUGAUUUGAUUAGCUUCAGAUCCUUCAUAGAGUUUUCUUUAAAUUUAGCGAAGACAUCAUAUUGAUCACUAAUAAACUGUAUAGAUUUCUUUUCGGAUUCAUUCAAAGAUUUGGUUUGUUCAGCAAGAUAGCCGCUUUCUUGUUCGACAUAUUUGUCGAUUUUCUUGUCAAAAUCUUUAGUAACUUGACUUAGUUUCACGUUUAAUAGAGCUAUUUCUUCUCUCAAUUCAGAAUUUUCCUUUUUUAAUUUAGCUGUUGCCAUUUAAUAACUUUUGCAGCAACAAAUGGCCUGACAUUUGUUGCUGCAACAUAAAGGCUAAUAGUUUUUCACUGUACAUACAUUUCUGCCGUUUUAAAGUUGGAUACUCUGACUCUUUGUCAUUUCUAGUCUUGGUUUUCUUGUCUUCAUGAUCUGACACGAGGAUUUCGGUGUCUUCAUCACUGUCAGCAUCGCAAUCAGUUUUAAUGUGUUUUCAUUUCUUGUGUUUACUUCUCUUGUGUUUUUUUUCUCUUGCCUUCUCGUCUUUUCCUUUUCAUUGUAUUCUUGACCUCUUCGUCUUUGACUUUGUUGUCAGCCGAAUGAAGAACACAUUUAUGAGCUACAUAGUUCAAAUAUAAAAUUGUCCAUAUUUUUUGUUCACACUUUUCCUCCAUUAACCAAAUAAUAAUGCCCAAAUUUAAAUAUUCCAAAUGAAAUGCUGUAUCUUGUCUUAGUGUUGAUUGUAUCCAUAGAUAUAGGAGAUCUAGAUUGCUAACACAUACCUAGCGCAGGCAGGGCCUACAUGAUAAAUCCAAGAUGGCGAUACAACAGGGCAAAACGACUAUAGAUUCUAUACGAAAAUCAGGAUUUUUGCAUUUUUUGCCGUCGCAUUGUUUUGAAACUUAUUCGGUCAAAUUUUAUGGUAAAGAGAAACUUACCGCGAAGAUUUUGAGCAUAUAUAUGAUUGAAUUGGAUGAAAAAUCGCAAAAUUUUCCAGCGAUAAAA